UUUCCCGCCCAAAAGAUACAGGCGAAAGGUCAGCUGUGGCACUCACUGGCAGCAAUGGCGGCGCUCAGGGUGCUUGCAGAUGUGCAGAAACUGGUGUUAACCUGGCAGCAAUCCACCAUUAGGUCAAGAUGGUGCUGCUUGUCAUUUGUCCAGUAUUCAACAGCUCAUGAUCCUAAUGAGAAGACAUUUGACAAAAUUUUAAUCGCAAACAGAGGAGAAAUUGCAUGUAGAGUCAUAAAAACGUGCCGAAAAAUGGGUAUAAAAACAGUUGCUGUACACAGUGAUGUUGACUCGGCUUCAGUUCAUGUGAAAAUGGCCGAUGAAGCUGUCUGUGUUGGCCCAGCUCCCACAAGCAAAAGCUACCUCAACAUGGAUGCCAUCAUGGAUGCCAUUAAGCACACCGGUGCACAAGCUGUCCACCCAGGAUAUGGGUUUCUUUCUGAAAACAAAGAAUUUGCUCGACGUCUGGCAGCAGAAAGCGUCACCUUCAUUGGACCUGACACACAUGCUAUUCAAGCCAUGGGAGACAAGAUUGAAAGCAAACUGUUAGCCAAGAAUGCAAAGGUCAACACCAUUCCUGGCUUUGAUGGAGUGGUCAAGGAUGCAGAUGAAGCUGUCAGAAUUGCAAGGGAAAUUGGCUACCCUGUUAUGAUCAAGGCCUCAGCAGGUGGCGGUGGGAAAGGCAUGAGAAUUGCUUGGGAUGAUGAAGAGACCAGGGAAGGCUUUCGAUUUUCAGCACAAGAAGCAGCAUCAAGCUUUGGAGAUGAUCGACUGUUAAUAGAAAAAUUUAUUGACAAUCCUCGACACAUAGAAAUUCAGGUAUUGGCAGAUAAACAUGGAAAUGCACUUUGGUUAAAUGAAAGAGAAUGCUCAAUUCAACGACGAAAUCAAAAAGUUGUGGAGGAAGCUCCCAGUACGUUUCUUGACCCAGAGACAAGAAGAGCAAUGGGAGAACAAGCUGUUGCUCUGGCAAAAGCUGUAAAAUAUUCUUCUGCGGGAACCGUGGAAUUCCUUGUGGAUUCCAAGAAGAAUUUCUUCUUUUUGGAAAUGAACACAAGACUUCAGGUUGAGCAUCCCAUCACAGAAUGCAUCACAGGCCUGGACCUUGUCCAAGAAAUGAUCCGUGUUGCUAAGGGUUACUCACUCAAGCACAAACAAGCUGAUAUCUCCAUAAAUGGCUGGGCAAUUGAAUGUCGUGUCUAUGCUGAGGAUCCAUAUAAAUCCUUUGGAUUACCCUCUAUUGGUCGUCUCUCUCAGUAUCAAGAGCCGCACCUUUUACCAGGGGUUCGAGUUGACAGUGGGAUUCAAGAAGGAAGUGACAUCAGCAUUUUCUAUGAUCCCAUGAUCUCAAAACUGGUGACACAUGGUCGUGAUAGAACUGAAGCUUUGAAGAGAAUGGAAGAUGCUUUAGACAACUAUGUCAUACGAGGUGUGACUCACAAUAUUCCUCUACUACAUGAAAUUAUAACUCAUCCUCUCUUUGUAAAAGGAGACAUCACUACUAAAUUUCUCCCUGAAGUAUAUCCUGAUGGAUUUAAGGGACAUACUUUGUCACAGGAGGAACAAAAUGAACUUAUUGGAACUGCUGCAUCAAUAUACGUAGCUUUACAGAGGAGAUCACAUCGAUUUCUGAGCAAUACAAGAGUUCCCAUUGCCAAAAAUGAUGUGAACAGCUGGGACCUCUCUGUUCAACUGGAUGGUAAAAGCUACUCUGUUCAAGUCUCCAGGAUAAAUGAUACCUUUUCAGUGGAAAUUGAUGGGACAACACUGAAUGUGUCCAGUGAGUGGAACCUUUCUUCAUCCUUAUUGUCAGUCAGCUUUGGUGACGCUCAGAAGACCAUUCAGUGUCUUUCUCGAGAUGCUGCGGGAAAUCUAAGCAUACAGUUCAUGGGCACAGUGUAUAAACUGCAAGUACUGACAAGCCAUGCUGCUGAGCUGAGCAAGUACAUGCCAGAGAAGGUUGAGGAAGAUACAAGUAGCAUUUUGAGAUCACCAAUGCCUGGGACAGUAGUGACUGUUUCUGUGAAGCCUGGAGAUAUGGUAUCGGAGGGCCAAGAGAUAUGUGUAAUCGAAGCUAUGAAGAUGCAAAAUAGCAUGACUGCUGCUAAAACUGCUAAGGUGAAAUCUCUGCAUGUCAAGCCUGGAGAGACUGUUGGAGAAGGAGAUUUACUGGUGCAACUAGAAUGAAUAUAAUUUCAUACUAUCACCUUUUUUUUUGUUUUUUUUUUUAAAUAAAAAAAAUUUGUUUCAUAUUCUAAAACUUGUCCCAGAAUCCCAGUUUUGCGACAACAUUCCUAUAAAUGUGAUUUUAUACUGAUCUAUUUAUUAUACUCUACCCUGGGCUAGUUAGUGUGAUUACAACAAAUGUAUUGCAUCUGCAAAGUAACAUCUACCAUUUAUGUUCGAAGAACAGCAAUCAUGUUUAAUGUAUAUUAAACCAAUCAUCUAAUCAAA